AUGGUCACUGCUAUUCGAAUUGCUGAACAAACUCUUAGUGGCAUUCGCGAUUUACACAUUGUAAGAAUAUGCGGCUACAUUCAUCGCGAUAUCAAACCGGAUAAUUUCGCUAUCGGAAAAGAGGAUGACGACACCUAUCACACAGUAUUUAUACUCGACUUCAAGUUCGCUCGUAAAUUCAGGUAA